AUGGACAAUUUGUCUCGAUCUGGUAUUGUUGAUGAGGCGGCAACGUCCUGCAGCGAUCGAGGAAUGGCUUCGAUGAUAGAAACUGAAAUCGCACUAAAAUGUGGAAACGAUGACUGGAUUGACGAGAUGCUUACUCUAAGUGGAUCGAUGAGGCACCUUGUUGGAGAUUCCGGCUGGAUGAAUACGAGAUCUGUGGUUGUGAGGAAUACUAGGGAGUGUACCAGCAAGUCAAUGGAAGUAUCUUCUAGUAACAAUGGUGAAGGUGGUGGUAGCUCUGUGAUUGAUCCGAUGUAUUCAGGUUAA